UACCUGUAUCGGUGCAGGUACGAACUAUAUGACUGAGCAAUACUUUCCUCAUGUACUUCUGGAUGAGGCAUCACAGGCUACUGAACCGGCAGCGAUGGUGCCUCUACAAUAUGGCUGCCAAAGAUUAUGUCUUGUCGGGGAUGAUAAGCAGUUACCUCCGCUAGUGAAGAGCUCAAAUGCUGACCAGCUGGAAGUCUCUAUAUUUGAAAGACUUAGGCAAACCUUUCCGACACAUCUUCUGAACAUUCAGUACAGGAUGCAUCCAACUCUAGCAGCAUUUCCGUCUUUAAAGUUUUACGAGAAUCAGCUACUGAAUGGGGUUGAUGCAAAAGACAGACCUCUUCCAUCUGGAUUUCCUCAUAAUAAAGGAAAGCCGCUGCUUUUCUUGGAUACCUCCAUGAUUAAGAGCAGAGAGAAAUCCGCUGGUGAGUCCAAAUUAAAUAGAGAAGAAGCCAAUGAAAUUAAAAUAUUAGUGGAGCAGUUGCUAAAAGCAAAAGAUGUCAACGAAACUGAAAUUGGAAUUAUAUCUCCCUAUACAGCACAGGUUCGUCUCUUAAAAGAGCUGCUUCAAAAACCAAAAAUCGACGUCCACACAGUAGAUGGGUUUCAAGGCCAGGAGAGGGAAGUCAUAAUUUUUUCUGCGGUUCGCUCGAAUGACGACAAGCUUGUUGGAUUCCUUGACAACGAGCGUCGUUUUAAUGUUUUGUUAACCCGAGCGCGAAGAGGUAUGAUCGUAGUUGGGAAUUCGACUACUCUGAGAAGCAGUGCUUUAUGGAGAGAAUGGAUAGACUGGACAGAACGCAAUGCAUGUAAGGCACAUGUGAAUCGUACGGAUGGCCAGGUUACUGGACCUAGAAGUAGUCAAGGGAGGGACAGAGAAAACGAACAUGCUAGUCAGGAUGUGGCUAGAAAUUACUCUGGAGCGAGGUCAAGAGAUGGUAGAAGAGGUAUGGGAAGAGGAGGUAGAGGAAGGGGAGGUAGCAGUAGGGGUGGUAGUAGUAAAGGGGGAAGGGGAAUGGUCCAAAAUUGGGAGCGAUGGUAA